AGCGCCAUCCACCCCGCACCUGCAAACACAUACUCGCCCCACUCCUCCACCUCGGACACCUUCCAUUCCAUCUGCACACGCAGCCCCUGGUCUGGCCGGAUGAGUUACCACCCGGUGGACACGAUAGGAAGUCCAUUCAGAAGAAGUAUGGAUAGUAGGACCACCUACGGCCGCUCCACUGGCACCCCCUCCAGCGGGUUCCGUUCUCAGUCCUGGUCCCGGGCAAGCCCAGGCUCCACGAUGACCUCCUCCUACAAGAGGAGCGUCAAUAUGCCGGUAGCCAGAGCGUACAGCUCCACACUCCUCAGCUCCGCCGACAGCGUUGAUUUCAAUCAAACGAACGGAGACUACAAGCGCUCCAACGAGAAAGAGCAGCUCCAGGGGCUCAACGACCGCUUCGCCGGUUACAUCGACAAGGUGCACUACCUGGAGCAGCAGAACAGCCAGAUCGAAGAGGAGAUCCAGACGCUGCGGCAGAAGCAGGUGUCGCAAUCCCAGCUAGGCGAUUUAUACGACCAGGAACUCCAGGAGCUGCGCUCCAUGCUGGAGCAGAUUCACCACGAUAAAGCGCAGAUCCAGCUCGACACGGACCACGUCGAGGAUGACAUCCAGAGAAUUAGGGACCGCUUCGAUGAGGAAGCCCGCAUCAGGGAUGAGACGGAAGGCAUCAUCCGGGCGUUGAAAAAAGAUAUGACCGACUCUGAUUUGGUGAAGUCAGAGUUUGAGAAGAAAGUUCAGUCACUGCAUGACGAGAUUGCCUUUAUCCGCAACAACCACGAAGAAGAGGUGAGCGACCUGUUCGCCCAGGUGCAGGCGUCGCAGGUGACCAUGGAGAGGAAAGACAUCCAGAAGACGGACAUCACCGAGGCGCUCCGGGAGAUCCGCACCCAGCUCGAGGGCCACUCCAACCAGAACCUGCAGCAGGUGGAGGACUGGUUCAUGUGCCGCUAUUCCAAGCUCACUGAUGCUGCGGCACAAAACAAAGAUGCAAUCAAGUCCGCCCGUGAUGAGAUAGCAGACUACCGUCGCCAGCUUCAGUCCAAGACCGUGGAGUUAGAGUCCGUCCGUGGAACCAGGGAGUCACUGGAGAGGCAGUUGAAUGACAUCGAGGACCGACACAACAACGACCUGUCCAGCCUGCAGGAGACCAUCCACCAGCUGGAUAAUGAGCUCAAGGGCACGAAGUGGGAGAUGGCGCGUCAUCUGCGUGAGUACCAGGACCUGCUCAAUGUGAAGAUGGCCCUCGACAUUGAGAUUGCUGCAUACAGGAAACUCCUAGAAGGUGAAGAGACCCACUUUAGCACUUUCCCCUACCGCCACACCGUCACCUCCUCUAAGAAGUCCAAGUAUGAGCCUCCCAAAUUGAAAGUCCAGCAUAAGUUUGUAGAGGAGAUCAUCGAGGAGAUCAGGGUAGAGGAUGAGAAGGAUGAGAUGGACCAGGCCCUGGCUGAGAUGGCCCAGGAGUUUUCUGCCACUCUGGAGGCAGAGGCAACAGAUGAAGGAGAGGAUGAGGGAGAAGAGGGAGGAGAAGAAGCAGAGGGAGAAGGGGGAGAGGGUGAAUCAGAAGAGGUUGUAGCCUCCACUGAAGCCCAAGUUAGCUCGAGCACACCUGCUGAGGAGGAAGAGGAGGACAAAGAAGGUGAAGAGGAAGGGGGAGAAAAAGAAGAAGAGGGUGAGAAAGGAGAAGAGGGUGAGGGUGAGAAGGGAGAUGAUACAGAAGGUGGUGAUGAGGGAGAAGGAGAGGGGGAAUUAGAGGAGACAGUCCUGUGCUCUAAAGCCCCAGAAUCAAAGGCCUCUCCUGACAAAGAGAAGGCUGGAGAGAAGGAGGGAAGAGGAGGAGAAGAGGAGACAGGAGAGGGAGAGGGAGAAGAGGAGGGUGAUGAUCAAGAUGAAGAUGCAGGUAGUGACAAAGGAUCCAAAGAUGGAGAUGAUAAGGAUGAGGAAGAUGAGAAGAAAGGAAAGGAUGAGAAAGAAGACAACAUAGAUGAGAAGGCAGCUGUAGCCAAGAUAGAGGCUCCCAAAACAGAAGCCCCCAAGAGUGAGGCCCCAAAAGUUGAGGUCCAGAAAUCUGAGGCCCCAAAGCCCUCCAAGCCAGACUCCCUAAAAGCUGAAUCCCCAAAGGCUGGGUCCCCCAAGUCUGAGUCACCAAAAGCUGGAUCCCCCAAACAUGAAUCUCCUAAAGCUGUAACCCCCAAAUCUGAAUCUCCAAAACCUGGCUCCCCCAAAUCUGAAUCCCCAAAACCUGCUGGAUCCCCCAAAUUGGAAUCCCCAAAACCUGCUGGAUCCCCCAAAUCUGAAUCCCCAAAACCUUCUGGAUCCCCUAUAUCUGAAUCUCCAAAACAUGCUGGAUCCCCUAAAUCUGAAUCCCCAAAACUUGCUGGAUCCCCUAAUUCUGAAUCCCCAAAGCCUGCUGGAUCCCCUACUUCUGAAUCCCCAAAACCUGCUGGAUCCCCUAAAUCUGCUGGCUCCCCCAAAUCUGAAUCCCCAAAACCUGCUGGAUCCCCCAAAUCUGAAUCCCCAAAACCUGCUGGAUCCCCCAAAUCUGAAUCCCCAAAACCUGCUGGAUCCCCCAAAUCUGAAUCCCCAAAACCUGCUGGAUCCCCCAAAUCUGAAUCCCCAAAACUUGCUGGAUCCCCUAAAUCUGAAUCCCCAAAACCUGCUGGAUCCCCUACUUCUGAAUCCCCCAAAUCUCCUGGAUCCCCUAAAUCUGAAUCCCCAAAACCUGCUGGAUCCCCUACUUCUGAAUCCCCAAAACCUGCUGGAUCCCCUAAAUCUGAAUCCCCAAAACUUGCUGGAUCCCCUAAAUCUGAAUCCCCAAAACCUGCUGGAUCCCCCACUUCUGAAUGCCCAAAACCUGCUGGAUCCCCUAAAUCUGCUGGAUCCCCCAAAUCUGAAUCCCCAAAACUUACUGGAUCCCCCACAUCUGAAUCCCCCAAACCUGCUGGAUCCCCCAAAUCUUUAUCACCAAAACCUUCUGGAUCCCCCAAAUCUGGAUCCCCAAAACCUUCUGGAUCCCCUAAAUCUGAAUCCCCAAAACCUGCUGGAUCCCCUACUUCUGAAUCCCCCAAAUCUGCUGGAUCCCCUAAAUCUGAAUCCCCAAAACCUGCUGGAUCCCCAAAAUCUGAAUCCCCAAAACUUGCUGGAUCCCCUAAAUCUGAAUCCCCAAAACCUGCUGGAUCGCCUAAAUCUGAAUCCCCAAAACCUGCUGGCUCCCCCAAAUUGGAAUCCCCCAAAUUAGGAUCCCCCGAGGCAGAGACCCCUAAGGGUGAGGCCCCAAAACCAGAAGCUCCAAUGUCAGAGGCCCCCAAGGCUGCAGAAGAGAAAGUAGACAAAAAGAGUGAUUCAGAGGAAGAGAGGAAGGUAGAAAAGAAAGAUGCAGCCAUGAACGGAGAUGUGGAGAAGAUUACCCCAGAGGACAAGGACAAGAAGGAUGAGGGUGGGAAAGAGGCAGAGGAGAAGGAUGUUAUCUCAAAUGGAGUGGACGAGAGCCCCACUAAAGAUGACCCGGACCAGAAAGAUGAUCCAAAGGACCAGAAGGUGGUCAUCACCAAAACGGUGGAGACCAUCACCACUGGAGAGGACGGGGCCAAGCAUGUCACCAAAUCGGUCACUGUCACCGAGACUGUGAAGGAGUCUGAGGAUGUGAUGCAGGAGAAGACAGUCUCCAGCAAGAAGAUGGAGAAACACUCUUCCCAGUCCGUCAAGGUGGUGACUGAAACUGAGUAACUGCGCUCUAUCCAACCCACUCAGGAGGAACAAAGAUGACACGACAACAAGCAAUCAACCCAGAACUAACAUAAAGAAAUCAUAGAGCUAGAGCGAUGUAAUAAAGUGAACCACUCUCAAACAUACAGAAAAGCAACGAGAGAAGCCAUAUGAUGUGACAAAGCUAACGUUUAAAAAAUGCAUGUUGAGAGAAAGCUUUAAAUGGGUUUUGCUGCAGAUAAUAUCAGGAAAAUGUGAUAGUGGGACAGAUUAUUAAUUGUCUUUAUGUUUCCCUGCAGUUCACGGGAGGGCUCACAGGUGGGGGCGUCUGCAUGCUAGCUCAGGGAGGGAGACCCCUCCACUCUAACCUGUAUGGAUGGAUGGAAGGUUUACAGUUUAGAUGCAUACUGUAUGUGGGUGGGAGAGUGAUAGAAAUGUAUGUUCAUUCAAAUGUUAAUUCAAAAAGGGGUGCCUGGGUUGGAGGGUCCACUUUAGAGACACAUGUUCAAAAGGACUAGCCUUUUUAUGUGAAGAUACCAACUGAGCCAAAAAUACAAUCGUCUACCACACAAUAUAGUGAAGAAUGAGAAAGACGAUGGUGCAUUGUACUGAUGAUCAUAAACAUACAGUACCCGAAGCAACUAAAGCAUUAAGAACCUUGAAGAAACUCUGAGCCUUAAACAUGCUUUUUAUCAGUAUCUAUUAUGUUUACCUAAUGAGUGCCAUUGAAAAUAAAUAUGUAAAUGCGCACACAUACAUUCUUGUAUGCAUAGGAUGGACUUGAAUUUAAAUAGCGAACUUAAAUGAGGUGCUACAGUUUGCAAUCCCAUGUCUUUACUCAUCAUGAACUAUUUCCCAGCAGCAUUUGCUCAAUAAAUGUCAUACUGAAAUACAAA